CUGGAUCCUUCCAGAACCAGAGCUGGGGAUGGAGCAGAACAUAGCCCUCCGUGAUGCUCCCCCCAGGACGUCCUUGUGCAAGAGCUGUCCUUUGUGAGACGUGCAAAGCCCUGCAGGAUGUGGGGGAGGAGCGCUGCAUGCCCUGCUCUGAGCUCCCAUAGGUGGAGUUGGCCUUAUCCACCCCUUUUUUGCUGUUUUUGCACCACUGCAACACUUUCGCAGCUCCACAGCGUUGCUCCCAGGACUGAGUGGGGAAGAUGCCACUAAAGGAGAAGAAGGAAGAAGAGAAGCCUUACAAUGACUACUGUAACCCUGGGCAACAGGGUAAGGGUGUGGAGAGCCUGAUGAAGAACAUUGAUGUGUGCCGUAGUGUGGGCCUGGAGAUCAUCAACAGGACCAAGACAGUGACACUGAAGGAGUUCAGGAGCUAUUGCUUCAGUGGCCAGAAUGUGGAUCCCCUGCCCUUUGAAAUUGGCCCAGACUCCAAAGGAAUAUGUGCCUUUGCAAAAACUCCCUACAGCCUGCGAGGGAGCGUGGGGAUUGUGGUCUGCAAGGCUGACACUUUCUUUUUGGCCAUCACAUUCUCCAACCCCUAUGACUACAUCCUUUACAAAAUUGAGUUUGCCUUGGAGAUCUUCUCAGAGGAGAACCACCUGGGAAUCCUCAGUGAUGUCUUCUCCAAAAUGAUGAAGAGUAAGCCAUACUGUGGCUCCUCGCUCUUCCAGCGAGCCACCCUUGAGUCAGAACAUGAAACCCUGGAGGUCUCUAAGAGGAACAUUCGUGUCCAAGCCAAGAUGUCCAACAAUGAAAAAGCCAUCCUGAAAGUCCAGGUUGAAGAAAUAGAUCCACCACCCUACCCUACAGACAUGUGAAGGGAAGAUGGGCACCACUGCUGCCAAAAGGAUCCCCUGGGAGAUAUUCAGCAAGGAUGCAGCAAGGCUUCUCCAGUGGUCUUGGAAGGAGGUGGAUGGUGAUGAUGGAUCCCAUGAGACACCUCGUUGGCUUUGCUAUGGAGCUAACAGUGCUCUACAGCUUGCUAACUAACUCAUGAUUGCAUGUGAUAAGCAAUAAAUAUAUUCUGACCCUCACA